CAAAUAAUCGAUUAAAUCAUGCCCACGCGACGCCUAUAAAUAAAAUUAAACGCUUUAUUGUUAGUCGAAUGACAAAUGUGCGAUAGUCUUACGCCCACCGACAGCGGCACUCGAGUUCACUCGACCGCGGUGUGCGACCGCUACUCAAGCUCGGCGACAAUACUAGUUUAGAACGAUAAUGCUCGAAACAUAUUAAUAUUUCGACACGUCGUAUCGCUAUUAAAUCCUUUAUGGACGACGGCGUGAACGUUACAAGUUGAGCCAGUCGAGAGGGAGGUAUUGUAUGCGACGCGGAGGGGACGCUCGGCCGAAGUUAUGAACGCUGGCUCAAUGCUCUCCCGCUAGUUGACUGCAAACAAGAGGGGUCGGACCCGAGCAGCUGCCGUUUUAUCUUGACAAACGAACUUGCCUCAUGAACAGAAUUUUAGAAAAAAAACUUUAUUACCGGGACUCAGAAUUUACAUUUCAAUAAAAACGAGGUGAAGUGCGCGCCAACAGGCAUAUCGAGCGCAUACAAGAGUCGGAGGUGUAGCGGCAGUGCAGUGCUGUCGGUGCCGCAUGCCAGUGCCGCCACAACACACAAUAGCGAGUAAAUCAAUUCACAACUGACAUGAACAAAAGAGCGUGCCGAGCGUACAGUGUAAUGAGCGCGUCGGCAUGCCCCGGUACGAAUAAGAUACUGAAAGGAGCCAUAUAGAGAUCUUACAAUUGGAAGUAGAAUCAGUUCAUCAUUUCUACUAAUACGAAUCGAUUCGAAAAAAGCGUAAAGACAUUUGCCAUCCUAGAUGCUCAAUGAAUUGAAACAAUAUCCUGUGUUCCUCUCUAUCCGCACACUGACUCAUAACAGUAUCGUUUCCAAAACUUGUAACAAUUUAGUUUCCGCGCGGUCGGCCAUGACAAAUCACGGUUGAAUCUCACAAACUGGUGAAUAUUUGGCAACGGAUACGUCCACUGGAGCACGGGAAGCGAUUCCCAACAGUGUAACCGAAUUACAAUCCACUAAACCGAGGGAACAUACGUCAUUAAAAUAAUUUAGGGAAAUGGCACGUUUUAGUGCUCGCGUUUAUGGCAGCUUGGUGGAUGGGCCGCUCGCGGCGUGCCAGAAGCAAUAAAUACCGGGGCGGAGCCACCCACCAUCUUGUUUAUACACCACCUACCCGAGACGGAACAUUAAUUUUCUGCUAUGCGGAAUAAGUGGCGACAAAGAGUGUUCGUGUCAGCUAAUGGGCUAGAACACAUCAGUGUUACGACUUAUAAGAACUCUGCCAAGAAAAGAAGCGAAAGAAAUUAGGUACGGAUAAGGCUAAUUGUACCGAGAACUGCGAGGAAAUCUGCAGCGCCUUAACCCUCUUAGGGCCUCUUUCACCAUCUCCAAGUAAAGUGUUGAGUAGUUACUUGUCGAUUAACGUUACUUGGCAAGUAAAACUUACGAGUAACUUUUGUCAAUUUCACAAACGAAAUUAAAGCUCUGAGUAACUACUUGCCGGUUAAGUGAAUGACGUCAUAAAUCGUACAUUGCAUUCGUUCAAUAUUACGUCACCGUUACUUGUCAGACGUCAUCGUUGCCGCUUUAGCUGUCACUUGCGACUUGCGUGUGCGUCUAUUGUUUGUUGUUGUUGUGCUUAGGUUUUUUAUUUAUCCGAAUUCUCCGGCUAUUAUUUAGUGUUUAGAAUGGAAAAAGUUAAGCGAGAUAGGAGUGCAAACUUUUCUCUGCACGAGAGAGACAUUUUGGUGUCUCUAAUACAGAAGCAUAAAUCUGUUUUAGAAAAUAAACAGAGUGAUGCUUCCACAUGGAAGAUGAAAGAAGCCGCGUGGGAAGACAUCCAAAAGGAAUUUAAUGCUCUAUCUGGGGGCACAUUUAGAACCACAAAAACUUUAAAAGUUAAAUAUGAGGGCCUCAAACGUUUGGUAAGAAAAAAGUCUGCUGCAAUACGCUCGGAGCUCUACCGUACUGGAGGUGGCCGCAACACGGCGCCUCCACUAGACAACGUAGAGGAGCAAAUCAAGAGUUUGAUUUCAUUGAGCACAGACGGCAUGCAAAGCAUUUAUGACUCCGAUGUCAUAAUUCAAGAAAAUCAAGAUAACAUCAAUGUUCCUAAGGAAUCUCUACAAGUUGCUGAGAUUUCCCUUGUAGAUGUCCCAGAGGUUGAAGAAAGUGGAGAUACACAAAACCAAGUUUUGAUGCUAGAAGCCGUGGAAGAUAUCUGUGAACCAUCCACUAGCAGUGCAGACACGGCACAAAACAUAAGUGACAAAGCUUUACUAGACACUCCUGUAAGGAAGAGUGUUCCUGUAAGGAAGAGCGUUAUACAACGGUCACCAAAAACCAAAUGGGACGUCAGUAGCAGGAAGAAUUUAAGAAGCAAGAAGCAUCCUGCACUGAUUGGAAAUUCACAAACAAAUCAUUUAUUCGAUGAACUAACCAAGGCAAAGUUAGAGCUUGUUCAGCUUCAAAAACAGUUCUUGGAAGCGGAAAUUUUAGAAAAGAAGAAGGUAUGGGAGUUUGAAGAAAAUGAACGCAAGAAGGAGGCAGAAUUUAAAGAAAAAGAGCGGAAAUGGAAGGAGGAAGAAUACAAAAUGAAAUUAAAAAACAAUUUUCAAUAAAUGUGAUUUUUUAUUUA